UUGUUUUUAACACAGCGUAGCUAACGUGAAGUUCUAUGGUGGCUUGAGUGACAAGAUUACCUAGCUAAAUGUCUGUUUGUCGUGCUCGUUUGUGAAUCAAAGUAUUGCCGUACGUUGAUUUUAGGCUAUAAAAAAUGUAACUCGUAUGAUAACUAAUGUGGCUAGGUCGCUAAUAAAUUUGUCAACUGAAUCACUUGUUUAUCGACUAGCUAACUUUUGGUUGCACUGCAAGACGCUGUGAGAGCAAUGGCAUUGCAUUAGACUUAGACAUAGACUGUACAAGAAUGUCAUUAAACACAACGUGUCAGUUAUAUGUCUAAUUUAUAACUCGAAUAUUGACGCGUGUUAAAUGUGUUGAAAUAACUACCUAGUAAGAGUAUCGUUACUUCAUUUUCACACUCAUCACCAUAUAGCUAGCGAGUUUCCAUCUAACUUUCAGGAUUCCAUCCAGUCGAUGGUUCGGACAAGUUCUGUGGAACUUGCUGAAGUUCUGGAACGUGGUUGUUGUUUCCGGAAGUUCAUGAAUAUGAAGUAUACUGCUGUUACCUUUGCUUUGUUUGCAUUGAGUUGGGGCUCUGUAGAAAGCAACCACAAGGCCUUUCAUGAAGACCAUUUCUUGGGUGAACAGCACAAUCCAGAGCAUGAUAUCAAUGUACUUCUUGGAAAUCAGGGGGAAGAUGACAUUAAGAAGCUCAGUCCAGACGAACUGAAGAGGAGGAUGGUGGAAAUUGUGAAGAAGAUUGAUACAGACACAGACACAUUUUUGACAGCAGAGGAGAUCACGCUCUGGAUACAGCGGGUUUACAGGCAGUAUGCACUGGAAGAUGCGGAGGAAAGGUUCCCCGAAUUUGACACCAAUAAAGAUGGUGUAGUGUCAUGGGACGAGUAUAACCUGGUUGUGCACGGGCACGUCAUUGACUUGGACAACAAUAUGAUUCUUGAGGACCCAGAGGAAGAAUCUGUUCGAUUUCUGCAUUUGAAGGAAAAGAAGCGCUUUGAUUUUGCUGAUGGAGAUGGUAUCCCUGGCCUGAAUCUAAGGGAAUUUUUGGCAUUUACACAUCCAUCUGAAGUGGAUGAAAUGGCUGAUUUCACCAUUGAAGAUGUUUUGAACGAAUUUGACAAGGAUAACGAUGGCUUGAUCAGCAUCAAGGAAUUUCUGGGAGACAUUAGGUCCAAUGCUGAAGACCAACCAUCACAGUGGGAGAUUGAGGAAACCAUUAGAUUCCAGCAAUUGUAUGACCAGGACAAAGACGGUCAACUGAACCGAGAUGAGCAGCUCCGCUGGGUGGCUCCAAACAGUUACAGUUCUGCAAGAGAGGAGGCAAUCCACUUGAUCAAGGAAAUGGACCAAGAUGGCGAUGGGAGGCUGUCGGAGGCUGAGAUAUUGAAAAAUAUGCAGCUUUUCAUGAGUAGUGAAGUAACUGACUAUGGACGGCAGCUCCAAACCACACAUGAUGAAUUGUAGUUGUGAAUAACUUUUUAACCAAUCAAUAUAAACGAUUUUUAUCACUACAA